AUGGAUUGCUUUGAGGAGCUUCCAGCGGAGAUCAAAUUCCACAUAUUUGAGCAACUCGACUCACUGAGCGAUGCAGCAUCUCUCGUCGGGGCUUCUCCGUCAGUACGAGCUUGCUACCAAGCAAACCGAGACAAGCUCCUCGGACACAAUAUUUCCUACAUCCGAGAGAUAUUCUAUAAUGACGAGCUCAUCCCUUUGGCUUUGAUGGUUGCGAGGAUACGACGUCGCUUGCAAAGGCGCCGAAACAUAUAUCCAGUGGUCAGACUUCUGGAACACUAUAUUCAUGGAGGCCACACUACAUUGUUCCGGCUCAAGUUUGAAAACUGGGAAAAGAACCUCGCACAGAUUCAAGAUCUUGUCAAUAGAGCACCGAGAUUCUGGAGCUUUGUCCGACGCCAUGCUACCGCCCGUCAGAAGGAUGCACUAAGCUUCUCCUAUCUAGGCUGGGGCACCACCGAUUCACUUCCACACAAAGACGAUUUUAGUCCUGAGCUAUUGGUGUUCUUGUUCACGCCCAACUUUGCGGGGAACAGGCUGCCUGAUAAUUACACUGCUAGCGUGGUAGACUUGAAUGUCUAUUUCGGUCGGCUUGGUGCUAAACCCUUCCAAGUGGCAGGUUUUGAUAUAGAAGAUCUCUUGCCCGGACCGAGGAUGUCGAGAGAUAGGAAGCAUGAGAUACAAAGCUGGAGAGAUAAGCGAAAAAAAGCCUGGAAGGAGGAGGAUGAGAAGGCCGGAAAUGGGCAAAUGGUGGUAUACGAUGUCUACGGGGAGCUCCUCUCAGCCGAUGAAGUUGCUCAAAUGGGUCAAGUUGAUUAA